UCUGUCUCUCUCUCUAUUGUGUUUUUUGUAUUCUAUCUAUACCACUAAAGACUUUAUCUUUCUUAUCUCUGCUCACACACACCAUCACACAUAACGUUACCUCACUCCUCGAAAGAUAGCCACGUUUUUUGACUUACAUAUUAGACACUUGAGAAGGCUGCUGCGCAAUCGUCGUACUGCUGAUAACGUUGCUCAUGAGAUUCAAUGUUGGUCGAAGAGCUCGAUCACCUUAACUCCGUUGAUAUUACCAAGAGAGGAAAACAGUUCUGUUUCUCGUAGCACGAUCUUUACGCGUUUACGAAUAUUAAACAUUCUUUCCGUCGCACGAUCCUACUAUUAGAGCAACGAAGAAAGAAAAGGAGAAGAAGAAGAACAAGAAGAAGAGAUAGGAGGAGGAGGAGGAGGAGGAGGAGGAGGAAGAAGAAGAAGAAGAGGAGAAGGAGCAGGAGAAGAAGAAAGAAAAGAAGAAAGGGGAAUAGGAGGAAGAAGAAAAACAAGAUCGCUGAAUAAUCGUAUUCUCGUGGAGAGAUACGACAGUAAAUUGCGUUAAGUCUUUGUGCCGCAUUCUCGUUGCAUUUCUAGCAAUGGCGACAUUUAUCUCAACGUUUACUGUCCUAAAGGAUCACGUAAAACUUAAAGUAGCCGAAGAUUCAGCAGCUAUUGAUAAUCUUGUUUUCAGAUUACACUACAGGAUCACGUUUUUGGCGUUGCUCAUGGGUAGUCUUUUGGUGUCUGCGAGACAAUAUAUCGGCGAACACAUAAAAUGCAUAGCCGAUUCAUCGAUAAAUUCGCAAGUUAUAGAGACCUAUUGCUUCUUUACGUCGACUUUCACCGUGGUUAAGCAUAUGAACGCGUCGUACGUAAAUGGAGGAGAAAUUCCACAUCCUGGAGUUGGGCCAAUUAGCAAAAAUGACGAGACAGUUCAUCAUGCGUACUAUCAAUGGGUGCCUUUUGUUUUAUUUUUCCAAGCUCUUCUCUUUUAUCUGCCACAUUAUAUAUGGCGAAAAGCAGAAGGUGGUCGCCUGAAAGCUUUGGUCUCGGGUUUGCAUUUGGCUUGCUUGGGUUUGCAUGAGAAAACAAUGAAAGUCAACGAUAAGUACGAAGUGCCAUCGAAAGACGAUGUUAACAAAAAGAUACAAAAAAUUCGAAAGGCUUUUAUCGAACGUAUUUACAUCAAUCGAACUUGGUCUUAUUAUCUCAGUUUUUGUGAGAUAUUAAACUUCAGUAACGUUUUAAUGCAAAUUUAUCUGACCAAUUGGUUUCUCGGAGGAACCUUUUUAGGUCUUGGUAAAAUUGUUACGAAUAAUAGUUACAAUGGAAGAAUGGAACCACUCGAUGUUGUGUUUCCCAAGGUAACAAAGUGUACAUUCCACAAAUAUGGUUCCUCGGGUACGAUACAAACUCAUGAUGCUCUAUGCGUGAUGGCAUUGAAUAUCAUUAACGAAAAGAUCUACACGUUCCUGUGGUACUGGUUUAUUAUUUUAUUCUUCGUCACUAUGCUUGGACUUAUUUGGAGAUUGAUAACGAUGAUAUUACAUUCUAGAAGCGAAAUGUUCAACAAAGUUCUUUUCUCCAUGGCCUGUCCUGGCAAGUAUAAUCCUUGGAACGUAGUUAGAGUUACUCGGGAAUAUCAUUUUGGAGACUGGCUGUUCUUGUAUUACAUUGCCAAAAAUUUGGACAACUACGUGUUCAAAGAUCUCUUAGAAAGAUUAGCUCAGGAUCUCGACAAGAUAAAUCAAGGAGAAUAUUAUAAAACGACUUUUCUAGAAGUCGAGGAGUAUCCAUUACAAGAAAAAUGAAACGGCUUCUCGAUAAUCAUUGGACCGAAUCGAAGUAUGUAGAUGAUUGAAUUAUCGCUGGGAUGUGCCACGUGAUAAGACUAUAUAUUUUUAAUUUCGAAAGUGCCAUACAUACAUAUUAUUGUAACGAAUGAAAUAUCGUGAAGAGACCGAAUAUUUUUAGUGAAAAUAUUAUACAAAGGGAAUGUUUCUCGACGACGUAGAAUAACUUUGUCCAUUUAGUUUUUCUUAAGCAUUGCACGUACGCAUUCAUUUUUUGGGGUAAAUAAAAAAUGAAAAAAAAAAGAAAAAAAAGAGAGAAAAGAGAAAAAACAUGGGAAAGAUAUUAAACGGGACGUGCGUGUUACGAAGAAACGUGUUCAUUUAGUGCCAGUUCUGAAAGUGGUGUUCUUAACACAAUGGCUUGCCUAUUGAGGGGUUGACGCUGCGAAAAACGGAACUUAAGAAUGCGAAUCGAAUGGGAAGAAAACAAAAGAGCCGAACCCUUUUCUAACAGCCAUCUAUGGUCCUUCGAGCUCCCUCUUUCGACUCUCGAAAUGAGCCCUUUUCUAUUUAUCACCUCCAUUGUACUUACGUACCAACGAAAGAAACGGUGGACCGAUUUUUAUGAGAACCAGUCAGCUUUGAGCUGCCUUCUUUUUAUCUUUUCUACGUAGCUAGCUCGUAAAAUAUAAAAAGAAAAAAAAAAGAAUAAAAAAACGUUCACUUCGAUGAUUAGGAGAGUCGUCGUUGAAAUUAGACCUUCAACGAGUCCAUAUCGCUAAAUGAAAAAAAUCCUCUCUUUUCUUUGCUCAGUUUAUUUCACGAGGGAAGACUAGAUUAACGAGCUUAUUUGUUGUGACUCGAUCAUGAUCUCCGAUCUUCUUCCAGCUGCCUUAAGCCCCAUUCAUACGGUCUUACUUCGUUAAAUCUUCUUAGGCGUAUCUUACAACCAAGUAUUUUUUAUUUUUGUAGUCUAUUUUUUGUUCUCUUUGAGAGUCCCUCCUAAAACGAUCUCAACGAAGAUAUUGUAAUGUUGUGUAUUAUAUAAAAAAGGAAAGAAAAGAAUACAAAUAUAUAAUUUCAGUUAA